AUGGCGGUUGACGCCGGCUCGACCGGCGGCGCGGCCUGCCUCGCGACCAUCAUGACCGAGGAUCGAGUGCUUGCCUUCCACCGCCUCGCCGCUUCCUGGCCGUGGCCCAUCUCCGUCGCCUACCUGAGCACCGAAUGGCACCGCGACCGCCGGCUUGGGCUGCAGCUCCUCGACGUGCAGGCGCAGCCGCCGCCCGAAGCCCAUCGGAUCGUGCUCUCCGUCGUCGCCGACCGUGGCUACAGGCAGCCGCAAAACCUCUUUCCGUUCAACCUGCUGCGCAACGUAGCGGUCGAGAACUGUGCUUCGAAAACAGUCCUGGUGGCCGACGUCGAUUUUGUGCUCGGAGGGUCGGUCGGAGGGCUUACUUCCGCGGUCGCCGAGGUGGAGGAGGACCCGAGAGUCGCCGUGCUGCUUCCCGCAUUCGACGUGCGCGCUGGCCAAGCUCCGGCGCCCACGGCGGAGUCGGUCCGGCUGACCACGGAGAAUUCGAGGGGGGAACGAGGAGGGGGGAACGGGCGGUCGGCGUCGGGGUAG